ACGCCCGCGACCGCGGCCGGCCCACAGCGAGGGGAGCGGGCGGCGGUGAGUAGGCGGCGGCCGGCCGGGCCGGGCCAUUCGGGCAGCGGCUGCUCCGGCAGGUCCGGGCAGGGCCGGGCGGGAAGCAGGCAGCCGAGCCGGGCCCCCGCUCCGGAGCCCGAGCGAGGACUCCGAGGCCGCGGCCCCGCCUCCUCCCCGCCCCGCGCCCGCCGCUAGCGGGUCGCGCCCCGAGCUCCAAGCCGCGCCGGCUGGGCCGCGCAGGAGCCACAGCCGCAGCCGUAGCCGGGAACCGGCCCGAGCCGGGCCCAGGGUGAAGCCCGGUCCCGGCGGCGCCCGGAGCCGGGCCCGAGCCCCGCGCGGCUCAUGGCGGGGCCGCGGGUCGCGCUGCUGGCCUGGUGCCGCCGCCAGUGCGAGGGAUACCGCGGCGUGGACAUCCGCGACCUGAGCAGCUCCUUCCGGGACGGCCUGGCCUUCUGCGCCAUCCUGCACCGGCACCGGCCCGACCUGCUAGACUUUGAUUCACUUUCCAAGGACAAUGUCUUCGAGAAUAACCGUUUGGCCUUUGAAGUGGCUGAGAAGGAGCUGGGAAUCCCUGCCCUCCUGGACCCCAGUGACAUGGUCUCCAUGAGUGUCCCUGACUGCCUCAGCAUCAUGACCUAUGUGUCCCAAUAUUACAACCACUUCGCCAGCCCUGGCCAAGCCGGGGUCUCAUCACCCAGAAAGGGCCUGGCAGCAUCCUCCCCGCCAUCCAAAGCACCCACUCCCGCGGAACCAGGAGACAGGGCUCAGGGCGAUGAGUGCUCCUCGGGCAGCCUGUCAGAGCAGGGCGCCCACCGGACCCCCAGCAGCACGUGUGCGGCCUGCCAGCAGCACGUGCACCUGGUGCAGCGUUACCUGGCCGACGGCAAGCUGUACCACCGGCACUGCUUCCGGUGUCGGCGGUGCUCCAGCACCCUACUCCCCGGAGCUUACAAGAGUGGGCCAGAGGAGGGCACCUUCGUGUGUGCGGAGCACUGCGCCAGGCUGGGCCCCGGUGGGCGGUCAGGGGCCAGGCCCACACUCCCCCCACAGCCAAAGCAGCAGCAACUUACAGAAGAAGCCAAGGAUGUGGAGAGAGGUGGCCCCAGCCCUGAUGCGGCUGCAGGGGCUGAGGUGGACGUACCCAAGGCCGGCCCUGAGGGCCGACCCCAGAUCCUCACCAAGCCCCGGGUUUCCGGCAAACCACAGGAGCUGGCCAGCACCCCGGGCAGCCGCCCCACACCUGCCUCCAGGAAGGUGUCUGAGAGCACAGCCCUGACGCUCCCCACGCCCCGGCCCCGGUCCAGCCUGCAGCAGGAGAACUUGGUGGAGCAGGGAGGCGCCAGCGGCCUGGUGAAUGGGAAGCUGCAUGAACCCCCCAUCCCCAAGCCCAGAGGGACACCCAAGCUGUCAGAGAGGACACCAGCCCCCAGGAAAGACCCCCCAUGGAUCUCACUGGUGCAGGCAGAGCCGAAGAAGAAGCCAGCCCCCCUGCCCCCGAGCAGCAGCCCCGGCCCGCCGCCCCCAGGCCGGGACAGCAGGCAGGUGGAGAACGGAGGUGUGCAUGAGGUGGCUGGCCCGGAGCCCAAGCCCUACAACCCCUUCGAGGAGGAGGAGGAAGAGCCCCCAGCUGCACCCCGCCCAGCCACCGGCCCCGCCCCGACUCACCCAGAGUCCACACCCAAGUCCCUGCACCCCUGGUACGGCAUCACGCCAACGAGCAGCCCCAGGACAAAGAAGCGCCCUGCCCCCCGAGCACCCAGUGCAUCUCCCCUUGCUCUCCACACCUCCCGCCUGUCACACUCGGAGCCACCCUCAGCCACCCCGUCGCCAGCCCUCAGUGUGGAAAGCCUGUCAUCCGAGAGCUCCAGCCAGCCCCCAAGUGAGGAGCUUCUGGAGCCGCCAGUUGUGCCCAAGAGCUCCUCAGAGCCUGCUGUCCAUGCCCCUGGCAGCCCUGGGACCUCGGCCAGCCUCUCUGCCAACUCCUCCCUGUCCUCCUCUGGGGAGCUGGUGCAGCCCAGUGUAGACCGGACACCUCAAGCCAGCCCUGGCCUUGCCCCCAAUACUAGGGGCAGCCCAGGUCCCCCUCCAGCCAAGCCCUGCAGUGGCGCUGCUCCCACCCCUCUCGUGCUGGUUGGAGACAAGAGCCCUGCGCCUUCCCCUGGAACCUCGUCCCCGCAGCUCCAGGUAAAGUCUUCCUGCAAGGAGAAUCCUUUUAACCGGAAGGCAUCACCCACAGCGUCCCCAACCGUAAAGAAGGCCACCAAGGGCUCCAAGCCAGCGAGACCGCCUGCCCCAGGACACGGCUUUCCGCUCAUCAAACGCAAGGUUCAGGCUGACCAGUACAUCCCUGAGGAGGACAUCCAUGGAGAGAUGGACACCAUCGAGCGCCAGCUGGAUACCCUGGAACACCGUGGGGUCCUGCUGGAGGAGAAGCUGCGUGGUGGAGCGAAUGAGGGCCGUGAGGAUGACAUGCUGGUGGACUGGUUCAAGCUCAUCCACGAGAAACAUCUGCUGGUCCGGCGGGAGUCCGAGCUCAUCUAUGUCUUCAAGCAGCAGAACCUGGAGCAACGCCAGGCCGACGUGGAGUAUGAGCUCCGGUGCCUUCUCAACAAGCCAGAAAAGGACUGGACAGAAGAGGACCGGGGCCGAGAGAAGGUGCUGAUGCAGGAGCUUGUGACCCUCAUCGAGCAGCGCAACGCCAUCGUCAACUGCCUAGAUGAGGACCGGCAGAGGGAGGAAGAGGAAGAUAAGAUGUUGGAAGCCAUGAUCAAGAAGAAAGAGUUCCAGAAGGAGGCUGAACCCGAGGGCAAGAAGAAGGGGAAGUUCAAGACCAUGAAGGUGCUGAAGCUGCUAGGAAACAAGCGUGAUACCAAGAGCAAGUCCCCAGGAGACAAGAGCUAACGGCGCGGGCUGCCAGCUGGGGACUCCACCGCUCCUGGCUCGGCCCCCGGGCUGUGCUCUGCCAGGGACGCCCAGCUUCCCUUCAGGAUCAGUCGAGGGGAAAGAUGACUUAAGGGGAGGGAGCCUCUGGGUGAUGGCCUCUCCCUCCUCAGGGUCCUCUGGCUCGUCUGGGCCAAAGAGUUUUCUUCCCUCUCCUCUGAACCACCGGCAGCUGUGCCUCAGCCCUGCCCAGCCUGGUUGUGAUGACCCCAGAUGCUGUGACUGACCAGGGAGCGAGCCGGCUCCUGGGUCCGGGGAGCGGCCGCAGCGGAGCACACCGGCCCCUCGUCCCACCCAGCACCUGGCCUGCCGUGCCGGGCAGCUCCUUGGUCCCUCUUCCCUUCUGUACCACGUACAGAGGGGAGCCUUACCUGUCAGAGUCUUUGGGUCUUUCUGCCCACGAGGUCGGCCUGGGGUGGACCUCUGGCCUGGUGUCUCCCGCCCCUGCCCUGGUUCUGAGUCCCUGUCUUCCUUUCGGUGCAGGCGGCCCUGACUCUCUCCUCACUCAGGACCUCUAUUUAUGAAGUCUCUUAAUUAAGUUCAAGGUAGUUACUGUGUCCUCAGACACGAAUGGGCCUGGGCAGACCCCUCCCUCUGUUCCUCAGAGUUCUAGGAGCUUCCCUCAUCUCCCCUCAUUCUCUAGGAGGUCUCCCUGUCCAGGACACCGUGCUGGGGUGGGUGGGAGCCGAGUGCUGAGCCCCCUCAGGGAGGGUCCCGGGGAGGCAGGCCCCAGCCGCCGUUCCGGCCCCUGCCCCUCAGCCAGAUCAGCGGCAGGCGGGGCUGCUGCCGUAGGUGCUAACCCUGGUCCUUUACCACGCUGCAGCCCGGCCCCUCCUGUAGGCUGUCCCUGCCACCCCAGGGCUGGGGCACAGUGGACCCACUCCCAGGUGGUCAUCGCCAGCCUGUCGUCUCACACUCGUCUGUUGUGUGUUCUCUCCCGACUUGUUGCUGCCGAAGGACUCAUGGUCGCUCAGCCCCUGGGAUGGCUGUGGGAGCGGAGGAGCCGAUGGGGGCCACCACCUUCCCCCAGGGAGUGUGCCCAGCAGCUCUUGGUCAAAGCACUGUUGCUGUAAGCUAUUUCCGGGGUGCCUCUAGGGCCCCCUUCCCUCAGCACACGUAUGGGGAGAGGUCGCACUGUAUUAACUUGAGAGGGUUUCCUCCCCGACAAUGAAUGGAGACCACCUCAGUCGCCAGUGCCCUGCAGCCUUGAGGCGCCUUCCCCUCGCCAGGCCUGCCUUCUUCCCUGCCUCUGCCAGGCCUCGAGGCUGGCAUCUCUGCUUGCCCAGGAGGGUGUGGAGGGGCUGUCCACCGCCAGGGGCCCUGGCCCUCACUGCCUGCCCCCCGGGCAGGACCCCUUCCUCUGCAGGGACAGGUGGCUCCUGUGCAGCCCCCAGCCGCCUCCUUCCUGACAUGCCUGUUGACCUGCAGCUGGGGUCACCAACUCCAGUGGCAGGUGACGCACAUGAACCGGGCUGGGUGUGUCCUGAGGGAAGGCCCCGACACCCGGGUGGUGGGGACUGGGGUGAAUGGGGGCGGAUACACCACAACUAGAGGGGAAGUUCUCCCUCAUUUAAGUCGACUGUAGCCUGUGGGAUGUGGGCCCAGUGGGGCCAGAUCUUUUCAUUUUUCAAGAGAAACUGGAAAUCCA